CGGUCUGCGCGCCGGCGCGUGCGUCGAUUUCGUCGCGGAAAUCGGUUAAAUUUUAUUCCGGAAUUCCGUUUUUUUUGACCUUUUUUUUUCUCAUGUGGUGUUGAGUGGCUGUGUUAGUAGAUACGUAUGUGUGAUGUGUAUAGUGUUUCUUUCCUAAAUUUGAAUAUAAUUGGAUAUUCAAACCUUUGAUCGUAUGUUCCACCUUAAAUGGUGACUUUUAAGUACAUCCCAUACUUCGGUUCCACAAAUAAACAUCAAUGCCGUUACUUCAAAAAACAUUGCCCUCGACAAACGAACGAAUAAUUCCUCAAAAUUAGUCAGAUCAAGUUCCUAAUAGUUUAGUCUAGUAUAAAAUGUACAAUUCCAAUGAAUUCUUGCAUAGCGCUGGCGUCAGCCGGCACAUGCAAGCGACGGGGGAGACCCCUUCGCAGAAAACUAGCAUGAAACGAAGAUCAUGCGAAGUCCCUCUAGGAGACAUUUCGUCAAACAAUUUCAAAGUAUCCUUAGGAGACCUUAGUUCAAGUGAAGGCCCAAGCUACGAUUGCCGAUCACUUCGUUCGGUAAAAUCCGAAGAUGCCCGAUCGGUUCGGAGCUACCGACCAAUAGACAGUCGUAGUUACAAGAAUUUUCGGUCGUCAUUGGCUGAUAUUUCUGGAUACUCGUUAUCUAGACCUCCUAGCUAUGAUCAGCUGUCCCGUAGGUCUUUUGUGGAAGGUCCUGAGGGUCAGGGUAUCACGUCGAGCAUCGAAGGCGUGCUGUGGUCUGAUGAAGAGGAGACAGAAUACUUCUACCAUGAGAACAUUACUUCGGCUUGGAAUGAAGACUUGGCGGCGAUACGUCAACUGCUGGAGAGCGAGACGGGAGGCACCACCUGUCCCAGCUGUAACAUGCCCUUUGACAAGGGCAAGAAGAGGAAACUGAUCGACACUUGCGGGCAUGAGCGAUGCUACUCGUGCAUGUUCAGGAACGAGGCUUGUCCGACGUGCGCGAGGAAUAACCAGGCCCAGCGGCGGCCGGUCAUGGAGAGGUACACUCCCUCGCCGCAGCGGCAGGAGCCCGACUGGCAGGCGCCACACCGCCUGCCCAAGCCACCGAAGCAACCCUCCAACCUAGCACAGAGCUGCCCCACACCACCGCACACCAGGAGAAGAUUCUUCCUGAGCCCCAAAUCGCUCCGCAGUCCCUUCGGGCAGCGCGCGCGCCACUCGCACGACAACCACGUGCCCCUUUCCGGCUUGCCGGAGGAAGGGCCUCGGAAUGCGGCGUGGCACAGCUUGGUGUUCAAUAAGAUCAGGUCGCUGUGGUCCACGCACUCCUCAGUGCCCCAAGGACUCAACCAACUGACAGAUGACGAAGGAGGUCACAUCAAACAGACUGGUUACGAGUCCAGAAGGCAGAAUGACCUGUACAUGCGUUUGGGACUACUUCUGGGCGAGAGAAGAGGAGCGAGGAACAAGGCUAGAGAUAGCUGUACUUCUCUCGCUUCUCUCGAUGCACAUACGCUGGCGUCACAUAAUACCAGUCCUGUAUCAACCCUCACUGGUUCUUCAGAGGUGGAAGUAGCGACGCCAUUGGGCCGCGACUCCUUGGGCUCUCUGGCGUCCAUGUCAUUAUCAGCAGCCAGCAACUGUUCCUCAUCCAGUCCUGGCAGCAGACGGCAUUCUGUUAACACUCUCCAAAGCGGCAGAUCAGAUGAGCUGACGCGAAUGUCCAGUGGAUUCUUCAAAACACGGAAGACAGCAGCGAGACGAUCAGCCAGGGUCAACAGCAAGCAAUCAUCGACAUCAUCAGAAAUCAAAAAAGUUCAUCCAUCACCCCAGCUGACGUUACGACCACUAUUCUUCGAGGUACCUUCAACAGACAACCAGACGUUCUUCUCAGGAAGACAAUGGCUUAUGAGGGAUAUGGAGAAAGCUCUUGAUUCUAGUGCCUCAGGUAUCAUAGUAUCUGGUUGUCCAGGCACUGGAAAGACGGCACUAAUACUUCAGCUAGUAGAAUACUCCUGCUUUGGUAGAAAAAGGAACUGCGAGUAUGAAGAGCUACGAGAACAAUCAGACAUCAGGGAGAUGCUUCCAGAGGAGCUCACUAUUGGCAUGUUCACCCACCUGGCUUCACAUGUAGUCGCUUAUCAUUUUUGUCAGGCUGAUAACAACAGUACCUGCCUCGUCGGUGAAUUCGUCCAUUCUCUAGCAGCACAACUCUGCCAAGCUCCUAGGCUACAAGCCUACAGAGAAUAUCUCCUUAGCGAGCCUCAUCUACUCGCUUGUCUGUCUCUGAAAGAAUGCAUCGCAGACCCAGACUUAGCCUUCAUGAGAGGUAUAAUUGAACCUCUCAUAAUCCUGAGGAGGAAUGGAAGUAUAGACUCCUCAAAUAGCAUCAUCCUCGUAGAUGGUCUUUGUGAAGCUGAAUAUCACAGACCAGAUCAUGGAUACACCAUCGCCUCGUUCCUAGCAAGACAUGUACCAGAAAUGCCGACGUGGCUCAAAGUAGUUGCUACUGUAAGGACACAAUUUUUGGAGCUGUCGAAGCAGUUGCCGUACACCAGGCUCAGUCUGGAUGAGUCAGACAAUGUCAACAAAGAUCUCCUGGAGUAUUUCAACACAAGACUACAAGCUGCUCCUAUCAUAGAAACAAAUAUCAAGUGUUCAACUGGAAAGUCUGAAGGAGUCCACAAUUCCGUGAUGAAGUUCGCUCAAUAUGUUCUCCACUUAAGCCAAGGCUCGUUUUUGUUCCUAAAAUUAAUUCUAGACCUACUUGAAAGGAGUCAUAUUGUUGUAAAAUCCACGAAUUACAAAGUAGUACCAAUAUCAUUGGCCCAAAUAUUCUUGUUGCAAUUCAAUCUGCGGUUCCCUACGGUACAGUCAUUUGAGAAAGUCACGCAUAUCCUAAGUGUGUGUCUUGCAGCAUUAUACCCUCUAACUUUGGUAGAAAUAUACUAUUCAGUGAAUUCAUUGCUGGUCAAUACGUUCCUUCCUUGGGAUGAGUUCUGCCACAGAUUCGAAUCCUUGACAGACUUUCUGGUGAAAAGGAUCGACAACACAUACAUGUUCUUCCACCCUUCAUUCAGGGAAUGGUUGAUAAGAAGAGAUGAUAAUGAAAGUCCAAAAUUCCUCUGUGAUUUGAGAGCUGGACAUUGUGGUAUUGCAUUCAGGCUUUCUAGGGUACAAGCACCAUUAGACUCGGAAAAGUCAAUGGAGCUAGGACAUCACAUCUUAAAAGCACACAUGUACAGAAAUAUGGGUCCAGCGCAACUAGGUUUAUGUCCAAGAGAUUUGCAAGCAAUGUUGGUGGCAACAAGUUCGGCCAAUGUUGGUGAAGCGAUUGCCAAUUUGAGGAAUAUUUAUACUCCAAAUGUAAAGGUAUCUCGGCUGAUGCUCUUAGCUGGAGGUUCUCCCAACCAGAUCACGGAAUGUCUUGGUAGCGCUCCAUUACUAUGCAUGUAUGCGUAUCAAGGAAUAUUGGCCAUGGUUGGGCUGUUGAUAGAAUUUGGAGCUGACAUGGAAAUGACAAACUCACAAGGUUGUACAGCUUUAUCUUUGGCGUGUCAGAGAGGACACACUGAUGUUGCGAGGAGACUUAUAGCUGCAGGUGCAUCACUUAGUCAUACAGACACUGCAGAACAGACUCCUCUAGUCCACGCAGCGAAGAAUGGCCACAGGGAUACAGUAAUUUACCUACUAGGUUGUCAAACAGGCAACGAUAGAAAUUCCUUAGACAUAGAUGAUGGCAGCAUUGAGCAACUAGUGCCAGGAUCACGACACGCUUUGAUAGCAGCUGCCCAGAAUGGACAUUUAGAUAUUGUGGAAUACCUUCUCGAUACUGCUGAAUUAAUUCCUGACGGUAUAUGCCCAGUCACAGGAGAAACAGCUCUCACUGCAGCCUGUUCAUCAGGCAACGCUGCCAUAGCAGACGCUCUCCUCAUCAGAGGAGCUACACCAUACUCCCUAAACGCUCGGCAACUAUCUCCACUGGCACUUGCAGCCAAGAAUGGCAGAACCGCUUUAGUACUAAGACUCUUAGAUUCAGGAGCUGAUGUGAUGGGUUCUGGUGGAAAGAUUCCCUUGAUAUUAGCAGCAGCUGAAGGUCACGCUGACGUCGUUGAGAUAUUAUUAAAUCAAGGUGCUGACCCAGACGCUGUGGAUGGUGAUGGAAUAUCAGCUCUUGGCUGGGCGUGUCUAAGAUCCAGAUUGCCUACAAUGAUAGUGUUACUUGACAAAGGAGCUACCAUAGAUCAACCUGACGGUAGCGGUCGUACGCCUCUGGGUUUAGCCUGCGGUGGACCAUCAGAUCUCGUCGACAUCCUGCUGGAAAGAGGAGCCUCGUUGGAAAGAGUUGACCACAGUGGCCUCAGGCCACUCGACAGAGCUAUUGGACAACGGAAUGUUCCCGUCGUCAAUUGUUUCCUGAGAAAAGGCGCUAAACUCGGUCCAACCACAUGGGUUAUGGCUUCAGGCAAACCAGAAUUCAUGCUAAUACUGCUAAACAAGUUAUUAGAAGACGGCAACAUGCUGUACCGUAAGAACCGACCUUCCGAAGCAGCUCACCGUUACCAGUACGCGCUGAAGAAGAUCAAUCCACUGAUCAGUGACGAAGGGCUGACAACUCCCACCACUCAGCCAGUGCCACAUGAGCACGUGUCAGCGUUUGUGCAGUUGAAGACGAACUUGCUGCUGAAUUUAUCACGAUGCAAGAGGAAAUUGAAUGAACCUUCAGAAGCGUUAGACCUAGCGGCACGCGCCUCUGGCUUGCGUCCCAACGCCUUUGAGUGUGCCUACGCCAUGGCCCGCGCCAUCCUCGCCCUCAACAAGCCCUCAGAAGCUCUUCCCCACGCCAGAAGAGCACUACUUCUCGCUCCAACCACCGAUCUCUCCGCCAUGCGAACAUUAAAAGCGCUUCAACAAGAAAUUUUAACAAGGAUCAAUACUGGGUCCCAUAGUCUUAACGGUGAUACUCGAUCCAUGAGGAAUUUUGACACAAUCAGCCUUAAUAUGCCAUAAUGAAAUUCAAAAUGUGUAUCAAUAUACAAAGUGUUAUGUACAAAAAUAGAUAGAACAUGGUUUUGUUAGAUUUUUGAUAUGUAAAGUGACCUGGCUUUUGACGCUGUUUUUAAUUUAUAAUUAAUAUUUCUGCAUUGAUAUAUUUCACGUAAUAAUUCUUUGAAUCGAAUUAUUAUGCUUGUAAAUACUAUCUAUGGAAACGAACGAUCGAACUCUUUAAAAUGGAGUGUCUUUAUAAAAGUCGUCAUUGAGAAAAAGGGACAGAGCAUCUUCUGUAUACCUCUAUCCCUUUUUUUCGCUGGUUUAGUGAUGACUUAUCACUCCAGUUAUUAUUGUAUCUGUAUAAAAGAAUGGAGUUACUUGAUUAUUUUACAACUUUUACUUUAAUUGUAAAUGUUUUGUUGCAGUUUUUUUUCUAUUGUUAUUCAUAUUAGCAAUAAAAUAGUGCUUACAUUCUACUUUAAAACAUUUUAUUAAACUUAUAAUGUUCAUCUUAUAUCAACAAACUUUAUAAAUUAUAUAGAUUUUUUGCGAUAUGUACCGCCUUAUUCAGAGACAUUUAAUGGUUACUUAACCCAGUCCUUAGUAAUUGUUUUCUAUACAAAAUCGUUACUAAGGAAUAGUUUUAGUAAUCAUUAAAUGACUCUGAGGACGGCAGGUAAAGUUCAUUGAAUUUGAUUUGACUUUUUUAUAUACGUAACUUUAAUGUGGUUGUCUUUUGAGUUUAGAGCUUUAAAUACCUAUCUAUUUGUAUAAAAUAUGCAUGAUAUUUCGUAUUUAAAAUAUAGACAGGCUAUUUUAUACGUAAUACCAACAAGUUUAGAGUUCAAAAUUGAUUGGAUUAGUCCUUCUUAUACUUGAUUUUUCAUUAUGUAGAUAUUGUUCUUUUUUUUAAAUGACAUGUUUUUUUUACUAUGUAAUGGUAAUACAUGUAAAUAUUGUAAUUCAUCCUAUUACGGUAUAAGUACUGACAAUGUACAGCGUCUUGGAAUAUGAAAAAAUAUAGUUAUAACCUCGAAUAAUAUAAUCGUUUAAAAAUAUCAAUUGCUUGCCAUGUUUUUUUUUACUAAACUAUUUAGGGAUGGUUCAUAUCUGACGGAACAUGCGUCGCGUAUCAUCGGUCGCGUAACGCCAGAACAGACAAAUGUAUAGGAAAACAAUAGGAAUGAUGACUGGGUUAAAAAUAAAAAAAUAUUACAACUUUUCAAUACAAUAAAAUAUUGAAAAAUAAUCACACUCUCAUUCAUAAAUUUUAUGAAUUAUCUACUUAAUUUUCGAUUUUUUGUAGCUAAAUUUCUAGAAAUAAGUCUGCUAUUUGACGUCAAAAACUAAUGACGUCAUAAUAGAGUAUUUCAUACAAAGUUCAUAGAAAAUAUCGUUUUUCACGAUUCGAAAAAAGUAUUGAAUUUGACACACUCAACUGAUGAUACGUCAGUACGACCGAUGAUACGCUCGACGUAUUUUACGUCAAAUAUGAACCGACUCUUAAUGUUUUUUUUUUUUAAUAUCGGUGCCUAGAAUUUUUUGGAAUUUUGCAAUCUUCUUUUUUUUUAAUUUGUUAUUUUUUAAUCUAUUUUAACAUUUGAGUGAAACUCAUGUGCCCUUUUUCUUGCUUAUUAAUAAUUAUCUUAAUUAAUUAUAAUUUAUUAAAAAUUUUUAGAGUGAAUUUAAAGUAUGAGAAAAAAAAAUGAUAUGAUGAAAAUAUGUAGUGGAUUUGUUUGUUUGUGUUGAAUGUAUCUAUAUAAAAAGAGUGAUGUACGUUAUAAUUUAGUAGUUUUUAUAAAUAAUUUUAUUUAUUAUUCUUUUUUGAAUUCUUAAAAGUGCAUAGCCGAAAUAUUAGCGAGUGAAAAUCAAAAUAUAUGUUAAUCAAAAAAUUUUAAAAUAAGUUUAUACGAAAAAAAAUCUAAAUAUUUAUGGAGUAAUUAAAACGAUUUUUUUAAAUGAAAUUUGUGAAAUGUAAUCUGGCCAAAAUUAUAUACAUUUGUAUGAAGACUGAGGACAACAUAUUGGUGGAAAAUGUUUAAGUAACAGAUACUUAUAGCUAUGAUAUAGUAUUGUAAGAAAUAUAUUAAGUACAAUAGUUACUCAGGCAGUACAUAUUAUGAUUGUAUUAAAUAUCUUUUUCAUAUGGCUUCAA